AUGAUGCAUGACCAACGUCUUCUCUGUGUUGACGACCAUGCCGAAGUUAUCGCAGGCGGCCGCGAGAAGAUCCAUGCUCCUUUGCGUGUUUCGUUCAGUAGUUGCAUUGAGGACGCAGUCAUCGGCGAGCAGAAGUUCGUGGACGGUAGUUCUGGAUACAUGCGACUGGAAGUGCGUCUGUCACUCAUUGAGGAGGUGGCCGUCCGUCCUUUAGGCGACGCGGAUCCCGGGAAGUUCGUCACGAUAGGCAUCCAUCAACAUGGCAGUGAACAUGAGGCUAAAGAGGGUAGGCGCGAGGAGGCAGCCAUGCUUUACUCCUUUGGACACUACGAAUGCCUAUAA